GCAACAGCUUCCACAUCAAAGAAACAACAAAUCCACACCGAACCAUAGACAACUUUGAAGAAUAUUCACAAGGGUCAAAAGGUUGUUCAAAAGCCUGUUUUACAGAAGUCUGCUUCACCAAAGUUGAAUGAACAAAUGAAUCGACCCCAAAACACCCCAGUCCUACGUGAUGUCCCUACUGCCUCUAUGAAAGAUGAACUGCAAUUGCUAAGGAAAGAUUUUCAAGUUUUCAAGGAAUCAGUCGUUGGUGAGUUCACAAGUAUUGGCACUGAGUUCACCAAUCUUCGAACUUUCAUGGAUGACAACUUCAAGAAGCUAUUUGAAGCAAUCAAGGGGAACAAUUCUGUGGACAAGGCGGCCGAUAGUGAGGCGCCGGUACAUCAAACUGAUGCUGGGCUACAAUUAUCGCCUGAAGAAAACUUACGUCAUGAUUCUACCAUUCAAACAUCUCCGCCGAAACAUGAUGAUGAGUCAAAUAAGGGUGUUGCACCAAUGUUACAUGAGGAAGUUCCGGAUAUUGUAGUGACCGGCGGAAAUUUAAGUGCAGAUACACGUAAAGCUUCAACUGAAGAGAUUAAUCGGGCGGAUGAAGGAUCUUUCAACUCAACAGAGGAAAUGGUCACAGAGAUGCUCGUUGAGUUGCCUCUAGAAACUCGUGAACCGAAAUGUGCGGGAAUACAAGCCGGGGACAUCACUGAUCAUUCAAAUUUAGAGACCCCACCCAGGUUCGAUGACAACAUUACUAAGUCACAAUGGUUGAUCCCUGACGAAAUGUUACCAAGCCAAAUAGGUUCUACAGGAUUCUCUGUGUUUCAUCAAACGGGUCACAAAGGAUUUGUUAUGCCAGUAAUGUCUGCUGACAAAGGAAUACAAGAGGCACUUCUGUUCAAGAACCCACACCUUCUAUUUUUAAAAAGAAGCAUCCAUUUGUUGAAGAUCUAAUCAAUGGCCCGCGAAAUACUUCGCUUAUUCAACAAUAAUUUUAAUUGGCUCAAAAGGAUCUGCUUCUAAGGCAUGAUAAAAAAAAGGGUAAGGAAAGCCGUUACAAAAAGAAUAAGCAAGCUUUGGAUCCAGAUGACAUCAACUUUGGCUUCAAUUUUGGUGUGUUACAUGUUGAUGACAAAAACUGGUUCUAUCUCUUAUCGAUGAAUGGCCAGUCUUGGAAUGAUGAGCAUAUUGAUGUCAUUUUUUACUACUUGCGAAAAAAAGGCAAGUACGACAAGGAUAACAGUUUCAAAUUCACAACCGUUAACUGUAUGUUCUUCUCCAAAAUUGACGAAAUUCAUCGUGCAUAUGCUAAUCCGGAGGGGACCAGUAGUGUUGCUAGUUCGGAGAACGAAAUAUGCGAGUACAUU